GGACUGGCUUUGGACCGGGUAGGAAGCGCCGCGCUUUGCUCUGUUUGCGCACAGGCCUAAACAACGCAACUGCGGGGCAGCUGAUGCGCGCGUUAAAAGUUGUGUUUUUGUUUUGUGAAUCACCUCGCCGCGAGUAAGAAGAUCCGUCAACUGCACGUGCAGCGAUAGACGCGCGCGCGCGUACCGAGCAUAGAGGCGUGGGAUGGAGAGAUAUAGAGAUCGAUAGGUGAACGCCGAGAGGUAGCUUUAAAUAUACAUGUCCGGUAGGUAAGUAAAUAUAAAUAUAUAUGCAUAGGCAGAGUUAGAGACAGGCAGACACAGAUAGAAGAACAUCGAUGUCGGAUUGAUAAAAUUACGCGUACAGAUAUGGCGACAAGACAAUAUAGAAGUGUAGAUGCAACUAUAUGUAUAGACGGCAAACCAGAUUAGAGGAACAGAAACGCGGCCACACUCUACAACAACAGUCGCGAUUCGCUCAUACGUUAGGGUGACGUCACCACGGCUCUUGUGACAGGCUAGGUACACCUAGACAUCACACACACACACACGCACACGUAUACAAGGAGACCGAGACGCACACACAAACACAAGCGCACACGCAUGGACGCACAGGCACACGGGUAAAUAUCCCUCUCCUCUGUAUAGUCUACGAAGACAGGUGUGAUAGGUGCUGUUAGCGAGCGUGCGCAGAGCCACACACACACCCACACACAGAUCAAUACCUAACACACACAUAACCCCCCCACACACACACACACCAGCACAUACACGCGCACAACCACAAACGCACACAGAGACCCACACACGUACACAAGAACCCACACCCCCCCACCUCACACACGCACACACACACACACAGAUCUUCGACCCACGCCGAUGCCGUCUCACGCCGCCGCUGCCGCCGAAAUGUCCUUCGGCUUCACGCAGGAGCAAGUCGCGUGCGUGUGCGAGGCGCUUCUGCAGGGCGGCAACAUGGAGCGCCUGGGACGCUUCCUCUGGUCGCUGCCCGCGUGCGAGCAAAUCCAGCGCAGCGAGAGCAUCCUCAUGGCCAAGGCGGUGGUGGCGUUCCACCAGGGCAACUUUCGGGAGCUUUACGCCGUGCUGGAAAGUCAGCCCUUCUCGGCGCGCAACCACCCCAAGCUGCAGCAGCUGUGGCUCAAGGCGCACUACACGGAGGCGGAGCGCCUGCGCGGACGACCGCUGGGAGCCGUGGGCAAGUACCGGGUCCGACGCAAGUUCCCGCUGCCGCGGACGAUCUGGGACGGCGAGGAGACGAGCUACUGCUUCAAGGAGAGGUCUCGGGGAGUGCUCAGAGAUUGGUACGCGCACAACCCCUACCCGUCCCCGCGCGAGAAGCGAGAGCUGGCGCAGGCGACCGGUCUGACCACUACGCAGGUCAGCAACUGGUUCAAGAACCGGCGGCAGAGGGAUCGAGCGGCGGAGUCGAGGGACAGAGACGGCAGCGACAACGCGGACGGGGACGGCACGGCACGACCCCCCGGGAACACCACCACCACCACCGCCGCCGCCGCCGCCACCACCACCACUACGACCACCACCGCCAGCGCAGCCGCGUCGACCGUGGCUGCGGGAGGAGUCGUCGCGCGCUCGGCCGGUGGCGGCUCCCUGUCGGGCACGGAGGACGAGGAGGGUUCCACCCCGUGCCAGUCGCCGCUCUCGCACCGGGAGGCGGCGGGGCCCUUCCACUCGCGCGGACACCACGACGGUCUGGCGGCGGCCGCGGCGGCCCUGGAGAGGGAAGGCUACGCGCUCAUGGCCGCGUCGGGCCACGAGGGCGACGGCCACGGGGGAGGCCCCUUGGACGAAGGGGACCCGCAGGGUCCACACCCCCCGCCGCUGAGCUGCAUGGCCAUGCUGUCACCUCCGCCGCCGCUGCCGCCGCUGCCCCAUGCUCAGCAGCACGGGGGUCCGGACCUCGCGUUUGGAGACGGAGCGCUGAACGGACAGCACAGCUACGCGGAUCUCUUUCCGCCCUCGACGGAGUCGCUGCUCUACUCGCUGUCGGCGAAUUUGCUCGAACUGGGUUCCUGAAAUGGCGGCUGCUGGUGUCGUCGACGAGAUCCGAGAGAGCGAUCGUUCGAUCUUCGGUCGAUCGUCAGUCCUCUCCUUCUCCUCCUCCUUCUUCUUUCGCACGGCUGCCGGCGCAGACGCGGAGAGCGACGGCUCCAAUUUCACGUUCAGGCGGCCAAGCCCGGGCAUCGCGCGUCAGCAACGGCGGAGCGCUGCGUGCAUCGCUGCGAUUGUCAGCGGUCGAAUUGCGGCUGAUCGCAAAUUCGACUGCGAACAUAUUUCCGGCUUACGCACGUGCCGCGCGGUGAACUUCCCUCCGCGCACGGACGCAGCCGAGCGCGCCGAUCGGAGGUGCGCGAUGAAGCACGUCCGAUGAGCACGUGCCUUCCCGGGUGCUCCAGCGAUUGCGUAAAAUAUUCGGUGUGAAAACUAAGGCCUGGUUAUACUGUCUGUAGAGUAUUAUGUAUACUGUCGUGGGGCUGCGCGGUGUGCGGGAGAGCGCAGUGGCGCGAGAUGCGAUGGGUAAUGAUGAGUCCCUUCUAGCGCCGAUUCGAUUCGCGUUCACCGCUCCGGGAACGCAUCCUGAGCGCUAAGCGAGCUCUGCCUGCACGGCGUUGUCCUGCACUGCGCUCCCCGCCUUCCACCGAAACCCGCGCUGACCGGCGUGGCGAAGUAUGGGUCGAGUAACGCACCUCUCUCUCAUCCAGCAGUGGAUUGACAAGGAGGGCCCUACGUGUAACACUGUGCGCUUGCAGCGAAAUGCAACCCAACAAGUGAGGCAAUUCAUUGUUGCCGUCCAUUGCCACUGCGUUGGCGGCGGUGCAAAAGCACAAUUAACGACAAUAGCAUAAGCAACACCCACUCGCAUUCUGUCAGUGACAACAACAUUGCGACCUUAAAGAGGUAAAGAAAAACAGUAGGCGACGUUUCGGGCGAUGGUCCUCAUUCGCAGCACGCCAGUUUUCAAGAUAAUGGGGGUUGUCGAGUCACGUGGUGUCGUCGAUCUUUGAGGCUGAAUGUUUUGGUCCAAAGUGUUUGGUGAACUCGAGACCACCUCCAAAUGUACCCCCUAAACUGAUCUCUCCAGCGCUCGAGAUGCCUGCCCCCCACGCCCCCCCUCCACCCCCACCGGUCUGUGUGUGUGGCUGUAUGUGCGUGUGUCUGUGUGUCAGUGAU